GUAAUUGAUUUACUGCCGUUAUCGAUGGUACGGAGCUCUUGCUUAUUCACGUUUCGUGGCCCUUCAUUGAAGGGACUACUGGUGUAUAAAUAGAGAAUAACUACUAUCUGUUGUGUCAUGUAUCGAAGGACGACAACUAAGCCAGUAUGGACUUUCUGCCACUCAUAUUCCUAAUCUCCAUGGCCAUACCCCAUAGCUUUUCUUUGAACUCUCAAACUCCUGGCCAUGAGUAUUGCGCCGGCUCUCACACAGCCCAUCAGAAUUCUUCAGCGAGGGACCGGAUAAUCGAGUUGGCUAAUGAUCCCAUUACAGUAGAUUGGAUGAAGAAGGUUAGGAGAGAAAUUCACGAGCACCCAGAACUUGCAUACGAAGAAUUCAAGACCAGCGCGCUCAUUAGGCGCGAGCUUGAACAGCUGGACAUCACGUAUCGGUGGCCCGUGGCACGGACCGGCGUAGUAGCCACCAUUGGGUCUGGUUCCCCGCCCUUUGUGGCUCUUAGAGCGGAUAUGGAUGCUUUGCCAAUUCAGGAAGCAGUAGAGUGGGAACACAAGAGCAAAGUAGAGGGCAAAAUGCAUGCCUGUGGCCAUGAUGCACACGUUGCCAUGCUCCUUGGUGCUGCAAAGAUCCUGCAAGAACUGCGAGACAAAUUACAGGGUACUGUUAUUCUUAUAUUUCAACCUGCUGAGGAGCGCGGUGAAGGUGCUAGAGACAUGAUCGAAGAAGGAGUGCUUGAAAAUAUUGAAGCCAUUUUUGGGUUGCACAUAGUGCACAGGUAUCCCAGCGGUGUUGUUGCUUCACGGCCUGGAGAAUUUCUGGCUGGGUGUGGCAGCUUCAAAGCAAAGAUCAAUGGAAAAGGUGGUCACGCAGCAAGUCCACAACACUCAAUUGAUCCAAUUUUGGCUGUAUCAACAUCAGUAAUUAGCUUGCAAAAUAUUGUUUCGAGGGAGAUAGACCCUUUGGAUUCUCAGGUGGUUUCUGUUGCCAUGAUCCAAGGAGGGACGGCAUUUAACGUCAUCCCGGACUCAGCUACAAUAGCUGGGACUUUCAGGGCUUUCAGCAAGAAAAGCUUCUUUGAUCUCGGGGAGAGAAUAGAAGAGGUUAUAAAAGGACAGGCGGCAGUACAUCGUUGCUCUGCUGAGAUUGAUUUCUUAGGAAAGGAACAUCCCACAAUUCCCCCGACCAUAAACGACGAGAAAAUCUAUGAACAUGUACGCCGUGUCUCAAGUGAGAUAGUUGGAGAAGAAAACAUAAAAUUGGCUCCUUGCUUCACGGGGAGUGAAGAUUUCGCUUUCUACUUGGACAAGGUGCCUGGAUCCUUCCUAUUUUUAGGCACAAAAAAUGAAAAGAUUGGAGCUGUAUACCCACCACAUAGCCCUUACUAUAUCGUCGACGAAGAUGUGCUUCCCAUCGGGGCAGCCAUACAUGCAGCAUUUGCACAUUCAUACCUUUUCAACUUAACACGAAAGUUGCAUUCUCGUUGCUGACAGCCCAGCUGGUGUAUAUAUAUAUGUAUAUAGAUGAUCGUUCAAUCUUUCAGUUUCUUCUUGGCUUGAUGACGGGGAUUCCUUGGGAAAGUGGAUUCAGUGAAGUGAUUUUAUUGGGUUUUAACAUAUAUAUACAACCACAAAAGAUCGAAGACCCAAGCUCCAGUUAAUUAAUUCAUAUUCUGUAUCAUUCAAAUUAUGUUUUAUUACAAUAUUAAUUAAAUGAUUAAAAUCAA